AUGCUUGUCAAGCAGUCUGCGGUCCUGUGUAGGAGGCUGGGUCCGCUCUGUAGGACGUUUACUUCGUGGAAGGACUAUGAACUCGUCGCCAAACGCCUCGACCGUGAGUUCCCUGCUGAAGACCCUAGAAUGGUGAACGCUUACCGUAUUAGAACUCUGGCGCUGGAGCUUGACGACUUCAUAGACGAUCCGAAGGCGGUGCUGAAAGAAAAAGAUGCGGCAGGCAUAGUCAACCAUUGGAAGCACAUAUACGACGCUCGUCUACAUGCUACUGUUUACCCGGAGAUGGCUGAGGACAAGGAGUCCUGUCAAGGCGAGUCAUCGAGCUGGGAGCAUGACCGCAUCUCGGUCGAGAAGGACCCAUCCAAGAAAGUGGCUGACUUAGCCAACGCUAGUACCAUCCGUCGGGCUAGGGAGGUCGACAGGGCCAUGCAAAAGGACCGAGCCCACCGUAUUAAGAACUAG